AUUCCUGCCCAUCUCGGAUUCGAACCCUAAACCUACCAUCUCACCCCCAAAUUCACCACCAACACCAUCAACUACCAACGGUUGCAUGCUCCGGCCACCCUCCAACCACCAAUGGACGCCGUCGUCUACAAAGCACUCGAAGAAAUAUGCUCACAAGGACUUAACGGACUAACUCUCCGUGACCUCUGGCCCAAAAUCAACCCUCACAUCUCCUCUAACCUCAGCAGUGAUGUCAAAAGGGCAUUAUGGUCCAAUAUUCUUAACCUUCCGAGUCUCCGAUUCGAAUGUGAAGGAGUUAAGUACGAUGCUAGAAACCCUAAGAUCCAAUCGGUUGAAGAUUCGGAGGCUAUGGAGUUGAGAAUUGUUGCGGCUGAGCAUUUGCUUGAUAGUUUUGUUGGAAUUUAUGAUAUUAAAGCUUCCGAUGCUGCGGUUUCGAAGAUUCAGCGGCGUGUUCUUGAGCGUCUUGCCAUUGCAAGAACCGAUGGAGUUGCCCAACACGACCUUUGCAAGGAAGUAGGCAAAAACAACAACGACAUGUAUUAUGUACUAAGGCAGCUUGAAACCCGCGGGUUAAUCGUGAGGCAGUCAGCAAUGAUAAGGAAGAAGGUAGCUGGCAACGAAGAGCAUAAAAACGGUUCAAUAGUGAACACCAAUAUGGUGUAUCUAUACCGUUAUGCAAAACAUUUGGGUCGCUUACAAAGACUUGAAAUUACCAAAGAGGACAAAGCUUUAACCGAUAAUGAUGAUGAAGACAAAGAAGUUGCUACAGGAGAUGGUGUUUCUGAACAACGCGUAAACAACUAUGUACCUGCUUUUAGAGCUAUUUGCGAUAGACUAGAAAAGGCCGAUGGCAAGGUUCUAGUUGUUUCAGAUAUAAAAAGGGAAUUAGGUUACCGCAAAACACAAGGACAUAGGGCUUGGAGAAAUAUCUUGAACAAGCUGAAAGAUGCUAGUAUAGUCGAGGAGUUUUUUGCUAAAGUGAACAAUAAGGAUGUUAACUGCCUACGGCUGCUAAAGAAAUUUUCGCCUGAAACUUUUAUGUCGAAAGGUCAUGGAGGUGGAGAUGAUGAUCAUGUUAAACCGGUAAAAAGAGGCCAAAUCACUGAACAGCUUUUUGAGCUUCCUAUUGAGCAACAAAUUUAUGAUAUGAUUGAUGCCGAAGGUUCUAAAGGGUUGACUCUUAACGAGGUAUUCAAAAGGCUUGGCAUUAACAACAAAAGAUACUAUCCUCGUGUUCUUGAAAUGGUGUCUAGAUUCAAUAUGCAUAUAGAUUCAGAAGGCCUUAAUAGAGGUUCAGUCUACCGAGUUUGGACUUGUGGGAACUACAACGCUGGAGCUCCUAAUAAUCCACCGAGCAAAUCAGAAUAUUCCAUGAUUGAGAAACUUCCGACUAAUGCGCAAGCUGGACAGCUGAUGCUGAGUCACACUAUGCAAGAUGCAGAUGAUAAGACCACUAACGUAGAUGCCGAGGCUGGUGAAGAACAGAGCAAUAAUCCAGUUCCCGAUGAUAAGCAAAAUGCUGCAAAUGAUAUAGUUCCUGAUGCGGAACUUCAAAUUGUAACUGUAAAGCCCCCACCGAAUCCUGUUUCUUUAGAGAUAUCUUCAUCUGAUUCACCAGCAAACCGAAAGCGCCGCUCUUAUACAGCCUAUCCAUGUAUUGGUUUCAAAUCAGUUAGCUCACUAAGGGAGCAGCGGAUACUUGAAAAACUACAGCAGGAAGAAAAGUUCUUUAUACAACCUGAGCUACAAAGGCUGCUGGAUAGUGUUAAUAAUCUUGACAAGAAGCAGAGUACUACAAUGGACAAGAAGACUCUAGAUCGUAGCUUAAACAAACUUCAACAAGACGGACACUGCAAAUGCAUUACUUUUGGAGUCCCGUCUCUUACUAAUAUUGGCCGAAAACGUACAGUUGAAGUAAUUCUACACCCAUCUGUAUAUGACGCAAAAGACCUCUCAGAUCGGGUUCAUGACAGACUAAGGUUAUUUGAAAAACAACUGCGUGUUCAAUCUUCUUUAAAACAUAAAGUUGGAAAAUGUAACAAAUCAAUCCCCGUAUUAAACGUGGAGAGAAUUAACACAGGGUCGAGAAUAGAUUAUUCUCAAGCUGAGACGUGUGAAGCAAUGAAAAACAACGGUUUUGUAUUGGCAAAAAUGGUUCGUGCGAAGUUGCUUCAUGUGUUUCUAUGGGGUUAUCUCACUGGUUUACCCGGUUGGGAUGAUGCAAUAAAAGACGGAUAUGAACAGAAGAACGUACAUAGUAGUUGUAAAUUGUUUGAAAUAGGUGAAGCUGUUAAGGCUAUGCCACUUGAGUUGUUCCUGCAGGUUGCGGGUUCCAGUUUACCGCUUGAGUCUUUGGUUGAGAAAUGCAGGAAGGGUUUACGCCUUUCGGAUCUUCCUGUAGAUGAGUACAGGUGUCUCAUGGAUACUCGAGCAACUGGACGCAUUUCAAUUCUUAUUGAUAUCUUAAGACGUCUCAAGUUGAUACGAUUGAUUGGUGGUGACAUUCCUGUGGGCCCACAUACUACUCUUAGCCAUUCACUAGAAUUAAAGCCGUACAUUGAGGAACCUGUGGGAAUGGUUUUGCCAUAUACAGGCGUCAAUUCGUUCGAUCUUCGGCCGCAGGUCAGACAUGAUUUUGUUCUUGCAAGCAAGAUAAGCGUCGAUGAAUAUUGGAGCACCUUGGAGUAUUGCUAUGCUGCUUCUGAUCCAAAAGCCGCUUUGCAUGCGUUCCCUGGAUCUACCGUACAUGAGGUAUAUCAUGCCCGUGCAUGGGCCUCAGCCCGAGUUAUGACAGCUCAUCAACGUGCUGAGCUAUUUAAACUUGUAGCAAAUGAAGAUUUAGAUAAAAAGAUAUCCUUCAAAAAGUGUGAAAAGAUCGCAGAGAAUCUUCAUUUGACCUUGGAGCAGGUGUUGCGUGUAUUCUAUGAUAAGCGACAAAAGUUUAAAUCAAAGUUAGCACUAACGCAUGCUUCAUCACCUUCAAAGAGAAAAAAGUCUUCCAAACGAAAAUCACCAGUAAAUAAUGAUAAUGAUAAUCCAUUCGACGAAGAGUCGGGAAAAGUGAAGCAAGCCAAAAUUGCAAAUAAUGCGACAAAAGAACAAAAAUCUUUACAAAGGUUGAUCGACGAAAUCGAUGAAGCAAAUAUGUUGAUUAAUGAAAUCGAUGGCCAAAACCAAAAAGACGCUGUAGAUGAUGAUCUGGCACUGAAUCAAGAUGAAAAUGGUGAUCCUUGUUCUGCUAUACAUGAUUGUGUCUUGUCAAAGCUGCAAUCUUCACGGCAGAAACGGUUUGCAUGGACAGAAGACAAAGAUAGGCAAUUGGUGAUUACAUUUGCAAAACACCGUGUUGCUCUUGGAGCAAAAUUUCACCGUGUUGAGUGGGCCGCACUUCCGAAUCUACCGGGACCUCCUGAUACAUGCAGAAGAAGAAUGGCGCUUCUCAACAGAAACACGCAGUUCAGAAAAGCUUUAAUGAGACUCUGUAACAUGCUUAGUGUGAGAUACGCAAUACAUCUAGAUGCUUCCAAGAACAAAUCACUUGGUGAUAACUGUAAAGUGAUUGUUAAGGAUCAUGCUCCUAUUGAUCAUACAAAUGAUAUGAACACUGAAGAACGAUGGGAUGAUUUUGAUAACAAAGACAUACAGACGGUCCUGAACGAGGUUCUAAAAUACAAGCAGAUUGCUAAACUCGAGGCCCCUAAAGGUGCUCGAUAUAACUCCACGUUUGGUCGGUCAGAUGGUGGUGAAUCACAUGAAUUGGAUGACAACAACUUAAGUUCGUCAUCUACACCUACCAAGGAGUUAAAGAAGGAUGGUGGAAAAAGACAAGUGUCCGCUCGAAGAUCAAGGAGUCGUCUUUCGAAAAGCUAUAUUAAGCUUAUGAAUAAAGUAAAAGAUUUUGGUACACAAGCGUACAAAUCAUUAGCAGUUUCUAAUGCAAUAGAGCUUUUCAAGCUUAUAUUUCUUAGCGCCUCAAAAGCUCCAGAGGGCUCCGUUUUUCUAGCCGAAACAUUGCGCCGAUAUUCUGAGCAUGAUCUUUUUACCGCUUUCAACUACCUCAAAGACAAAAACUUUAUGGUGAGGGGUAGUGACAUUGGUGAGUUUGUACUCUCGCGGCAGUUUUUACGUAACAUUUCUUCAUCUCCGUUUCCUGAGGAUACCGGGAAAGGAGUUGGUAAAAUGUCCAGGUGGCUUCACGAGAGAGAAAACGGUUUAUUAGACAAUGGAGUAGAUCUACCCGCUGACCUGCAGUGUGGAGAAGUCAUCCAACUGUGUGUGCUGAUGUGUACCGGAGAAAUAUCAAUGUUCCCGUGUUUGCCUCACGAAGGUAUUGGAGAAAUUGAGGAAUUAAAGAAACGUAAAUGUGACGACAAUGAAAUUCGCAGUGCUGAAAUAACGAAAAAGCCGAAAUUAUUAGACAAUGAAACGUUUACCCGUAAAGAUAAAGGUUUCCCAGGUAUUCAGUUAUCUGUAAGCCGUCGGUUAAUAUCACGAGUUGAUGAAAUCACAUCGGUUUCCAAUUUGGAGUGCGCUUCUUCAUCAUCUGGACGAAUGGAAGGAGUCUUAAAGUCAAACGGUGCGUCUGAGUCAACAUGGGAAGCGAUGACUUGCUAUGCAAGACACCUUGUAUCUUCUGCGGAACUGUCUCCCGAUCUGUUCAGUACGGUUUAUUCAGCCAUCCAUAAGUCUGGUGACCAAGGCUUACGCAUGGAAGAAAUCUCCCGUAUAAUUGAUGUGCAGGGGGAAAACAUGCCAGAACUUGUUGUCGAGGUGCUUGAGGUAUUCGGGCGUGCUUUAAAGGUUAACGCUUACGAUUCUGUUCAUGUUGUUGACUCUCUGUACCGGUCAAAGUACAUGUUAACCUCAAUGCCAUCUCAUCAACAUGAUCUUCACCUCAAGGCGCCAGAAAGUUAUAAUACUAGUGAGCCACCAAACUCGCAGCAAGAAAACCGAGAAAAUAUAAGCAAAAAGUUAGUGGAAGUGAUUUCCACAGACGUUGAUGAGGUGCAACACAGAGUAACGAUCCUAAACCAUCUGGAAGAGGUUCUGGUUCCUCAACCUAUGAGUGAAGUGAAUAAAAGCAAUGAAAUCGAAACCGUAAUGGGUUCAAGAAAGGGCCCGCAGGAUGAAAAGUGCGAGUUUAGGAUGGAUGAUUCUUCUGGUUCUUAUAAGCCGAUAUUGCCUUGGGUAAAUGGAGAUGGCACGGUUAACAAGAUAGUUUACAAGGGACUUGUACGUCGUGUGCUUGGCAUUGUGAUGCAAAAUCCUGGGAUAUUGGAGGAGCACAUUAUAAGCCAAAUGAAUGUAUUAAAUCCUCAGAGCUGUAGAAAAUUGUUGGAGCUGAUGAUUCUGGAUAGUCAUAUCACGGUGAGGAAGAUGUAUCAGUCCAUAUCGAAUGAUCCCCCCGCCAUGUUACACCACCUUCUUGGUAGCAGUAGCUCGAAGAAACCAAAGUUGAUCUGCAGAGAACAUUUAUUUGCAAACCCGAAGAGUAUCAACUGUUUGUAAAUCAAGGACACGCAGUUGUAAUGAUGCCAUCGUCAGUUAUUUCCAUAUGAUGUUGAAGUUGUGUAAUGUAAUACUAGUAAAUGGUGAUCAACUGUUAUUUGCUUUGAUGAUAUGAAUUAGGGGUGAGCAAAUUAACUGCCAUAACUGAUAACCGACAUAACCGAUGGUUAUGAAACUUUGUAUAACCGACCAAUUGGUUAUGAUUACGGUUACAAAGCUUUGGUUAACCGAUAUAACUGAAACCGAACCAAACAUGUAAUGUUAAGUCUAUAUAAUGGAUUUAUAUACAUUUGGUGAGGUUCAUCG